AUGUCUCUAGACGUGGAUGCCAUCAUUGACAAACUGUUGGGCGUCCGCGUGUCGAAGCCGGGGAAACAAGUUAAUUUAGCAGAGAAUGAUGUUAAAAAUCUUGCACUACGAAGCCGAGAGAUCCUUUUGGCGCAGCCUGCUCUUUUGGAGCUUGAGGCUCCCAUUAAAAUCUGCGGGGAUAUCCACGGACAAUAUUACGAUCUUCUCCGCCUGUUUGACAAUGGCGGCUUUCCACCCUCCGCCAACUAUCUCUUUCUUGGCGACUAUGUAGACCGCGGGAAACAAGGGCUGGAAACCAUCUGUCUUGUGCUUGCAUUCAAGGUGAAAUUUCCGGAGAACUUUUUUCUGCUUCGCGGCAAUCAUGAGUGCGCCAGCAUUAAUCGCAUUUAUGGGUUUUUUGACGAAUGCAAACGGCGGUACAACAUUCGCCUCUGGAAAGCCUUCACAGACACUUUUAACUGUCUCCCUGUUGCCUGCAUUAUUGAUGACAAGAUAUUUUGCUGUCACGGUGGUCUCUCUCCCGAGCUGCAGACGAUGGAUCAGAUCAAGAGAAUUGCACGACCUUGCGAUGUCACUGACGCUGGUCUCAUCUGUGACCUUCUGUGGUCAGACCCUGAGGAAGGCCUUUCUGGCUGGGGCGAGAAUGACCGUGGUGUCUCUUAUACAUUUGGUCAAGAUAUCGUAGAGAAAUUCCUUCGGAAGCAUGAGUUUGAUCUUAUCGUUCGUGCACAUCAAGUAGUGGAGGAUGGCUAUCAAUUCUUUGCGAAACGGCAACUCAUUACAAUUUUUUCCGCUCCCAACUAUUGUAAUGAGUUUGAUAACAGUGGUGCGGUCAUGUCGGUGGACGCGGACCUUCUCUGCUCAUUCCAGAUCCUGAAACCAUCGGUGAAGAAGCCAAAGUUCUACCAGUAG